UCCAGAGUGUGUGUAUUAAUGAGAAUCUGUUCUCUUGUUUCUCUCAUUCACCCCUCCAAGCAUGGGUAAUUGUGAGCCCAUCACAAGGGUGUUUUUGUAAUUUCAUCCGCAUAUACAUACAUAUUGAUCGAGUUAUACAGUCAUAUUUGCUUGCUUGCUCCCCAUUUAAUAUCGCGCCAUGUCUUCUCCAUUCCACAUUCUCUGUUUUUCCAUUAGCUCCAAGCCCUCUUCCCUCACCCCCCCCCACCCCCAUUUCACACGCACUACACACACUGAUUGUUAGUAUCCAAACGCAUUGAUACGGAUAUAUACGCAUUUACAUGCAUAGAUAUACUUGUAGUAUAUAUAUAAAUACAGAAAGAGAGAGAAAGGGCCCUGAAAGCUUGAAGGGGGCUGGGAUAUGGCGACUGGAUGGAUGAAGUCAUUGCAAUGCAAGUCAAAAGCAUUAGACGACGUCGUUGUUCACAACCACCACCGCCACUCAAACCCUAAAAACCACCACCAUCACCACCGCUCGUUGUCCAACUCCUCCAGCUGCAGAAACAGCUUUCAGAGUCUGAAAGACGUAGUGGAAACCACCAAAGAGUCCAAACCCAAGAAGCCGAAGCCAUCAAAACCGCCUCAAGCGCCGCCGUUUAAACGACCCGUUUCAAGAAAGCCCGCACCCGGACCUGACCCGCAUCCCACCAUCAGAACCAGGCCGGGUACCGCCGAAUCAAUCUCUCCGUCGCUCGUGGAGCUUCCCGAAGGCCACCCGUCGCGUAAUGUGGUGGAGAUAAUCUUCCACACCAGCUGGGGGGAGAAGAAUUUCUCGGGUCAGGUGGAAAUGGUGUUCAAGGUCCAGAAUUUGACCAGGACGGUGACCCGGUUCGAGGAGUACCGUGAAUUGGUGAAAUCCCGGGCGAGCUGCGCAGCCAAGGGCGCCGACGGCAGCGAGGACCACGUGCGGUGCGUUGCAGAUGGGAAUGAGGUUAUGAGGUUUUAUUGCCUCGGAGCCACCACUAAUGGAGGCGGCGCGUACGAGACCUGCGGCGGCGCGUGGUCAUUUCACGGCGGUAAAGUUUCGGCGGGGAGUGGUGUGGCUCAUGAGAAUGCGGGUGGUGGGAGAGGGCGGAGGGCCAUGCUGGUUUGCCGGGUCAUAGCGGGUCGGGUUUGUAAGCAACUGGGGUUUGACUCGCUGCUUGAAGGGCGAAUCGGGUACGACUCAGCUGGUGGGGAUAACGGAGAAUUGUUUGUAUUUGACACCCGCUCGUUGUUACCGUGUUUCCUGAUCAUCUACAAAUUGUAAAAGUAAACGGAGUUACGUUUCGGGCGUUUAUCAACUCCAAUUUUCUUC